GAUAAGAAAUCAGUGGUGGGAAGCCCGAAAGCAUUGAAGCAACUGAGAAACUCUCUUCUCAGUCCGACUAUAUAUACAUAUGUCUCCCACGUGUUUAGUGAGUGCUUCUAUUACGAUUUGUAAAUAAUUAAUAAUCUAGUAAUUAAUUCAAAAAGUGAAGAAAAUCACAGAAAAAGUAAAAAAUAUUAUCAUUAAUAUCAUGAUACAUUGAUAAUUUAAUUUUAUUUGUAAAAAAAAGUGAACGAUGGUAAAAAGUAAAAUAUAUCACCGAAACCGUGCAAUAGGUUAUGUGAGUAAUCACAUACCUCUUGUCACUCGAUAUAUUGAAAGAAGAAGAGAAAAUUUAAUUGUUACGUGUGUUGGGAAAGCUUUUCAUACAUACGGAUGUUCUCAUUUUUCUCUUUUAAGUGUAUCUGGUGUUCAUCCUGAAGAUAUCACUUGUUUGUCUGCCGAUAUCUAUCAUAUUUACACUGCAAGUGAAUGUAAUAUUUAUGCUUGGAGACGUGGUACAGAACUGAAACAUGUCUAUCGUGGACAUAAGCAUUGUGUACAUCAAAUAUUACCAUUUGGACCUAGUUUAAUUUCUGUAGAUGAGGAAAGUAAUGUGAUUGUUUGGAAUAUAAAAUCAGAAGAAAUUAUUUCUGAACAUAAUUUUAAUAAUGAGGUUUUUAAGAUAACAACUUUAAUGCAUCCCAAUACUUACAUUAAUAAAAUUUUAAUAGGAAGUGAACAAGGACAUUUAGAAUUAUGGAAUGUUAAAACCUCUAAAAUGCUUUAUUUUUUUGAUGGAUGGAAUUCGAGUGUGACUGUUAUCGAACAAGCGCCUGCUCUUCAUGUAGUAGCUAUUGGUUUAGCUAACGGAAAAAUAAUAUUACAUAAUAUUAAAAAAGACAUAAAAAUAUUUGAAUUAAUACAAGAUUGGGGUUUAGUUACAUCUAUUUCUUUUAGAACUGAUGACACGAUUAAUUACCCAGUAAUGGCAACAGGAACACUUAACGGUCAUAUUGUUUUCUGGAAUCUUGAAGAGAGAAAAGUUGAAAGCCAAAUUUUAAAUGCACAUUUUAGAGCAGUUUCUGGAUUAAAAUAUUUACCAAAUGAACAACUAAUUGUUUCUUCAUCAUCUGAUAAUUCAUUGAAAUUAUGGAUAUGUGAUGUGUCCGAUAAUUCAGCUAGAUUAUUAAGAAUGAGAGAAGGUCAUUCAGAACCUCCAACUCAUAUUCGAUUUUAUAGUGAUGAUGGUCACAAUAUAUUAUCUGCAGCUGGCGAUAGUACUCUGAGAAUAUUUUCUACAGUGACAGAAAUUUUUAAUAAAAGUUUAGGUAAAGCUUCUUUCAAUAGAAAACUUUCAAAGAAGAAAGGCAACAAAAUCAUUAAUGAUCAUUUAAUAAUGCCACCGAUAAUAAAUUUUGUAUGUGAAAAAACACGAGAGAAAGAAUGGGAUAAUAUUGCUGCAGCUCAUCUAGGUUUAGGAUUAAUAACGACAUGGUCAUAUGAUAAAUUACGAAUGGGUGAACAUAAACUUCUUCCUAAUAGAUUUAAAAAGAAUUACAAUGCCAAUGUAACUGCUCUAUGUUUAACUCAAUGUGGUAAUUUUGUUAUAAUCGGAUAUUCUACUGGACAUAUAGACAGAUAUAAUAUUCAAUCAGGAAUACAUAGAGCUACAUAUGGUAUAGAUGGAAAUGAAGCACAUAGAGGACCCAUCAAAGGACUUAUCGUAGAUCCUCUUAAUCAAUUUGUUAUGUCAGCUGGACGUGAUACUGAAAUUAAAUUUUGGGCUUUUACGCCCAAUAAAGAUAAAACUCCAAAAUCAACAAUAAAAUUAAGUGAAGGUGUAAAAUGGCUAAGGGGUCACAAAGAAAGUUCUCUUGUUGCUGUUGCUUUAGAAGAUUUUACUGUUAUAUUAAUUGAUCUCGACACAAAACGUAUAGUUCGUAAUUUCCAAGGGCAUACUGGUCAUUUAACAGAUGCAACAUUCAAUCCUGACUCUAGAUGGUUAAUUACUGCUUCUAUGGAUUGUACUAUACGUACCUGGGAUAUUCCAUCAGCACAGCUUAUUGAUAUUUUCAAGGUACCUGAAGCGUGUAUAUCACUAGAUUUUUCACCCACUGGAGAAUAUCUCGCAACAGUUCAUAUGUCCAAUUUAGGAAUUUUUUUAUGGUCAAAUCGGACGUUAUUCGAUCAUAUAUCGUUACAAACUAUAUCUUUAAGUAAUAUACCAUUAAUUAAUUUACCAGGAGUACUUCAAGAAAAUAGUUGCUAUUCAGAAAAUGAUUACGGAAUUGAUAAAAAUGAAGCUAAUGACAACUAUGUUUCUCCGACAAAAAUUGAUUCAAAGCUUAUUACAAUGUCCUCAUUAGCUAACUCAAGAUGGCAGAAUUUAUUAAACAUUGAUAUUGUCAGAAAGAAAAACAAACCACAAAAUGUUAAAACAGCAACAGAAUCAGCUCCAUUUUUUCUCCCAACAAUACCUUCUUUAGAUUUACAAUUUGAUUUAUCCAACGCUAAGAAUCCUGAUGAUAAUAGUCGAUUGACAAUAUCUUCUAAUUUUAAUAAUUUAUCAAUUAUUGGAAAAUUAUUACAAGAUACUAUAAAAACUUGCGAUUAUAUCUCAGUUGUCAAUAAAUUGAAAUCUUUAGGUCCUAGUAUGAUUGAUUUCGAAAUUCAAUCACUUUCUACAAAUCCUACAUAUUUUGUGGAUCUAACUCUACAAUUUUUAAAAAUGAUAAAAUUUAUGAUAAAAUCUAAACAAGAUUUUGAAUUAGCUCAAGUGUAUUUAGGAGUUCUACUCAAAGUUAAUGGUAUUAAAAUUCAAAAUGAAGAUAAAAUAGUAAAAUAUCUUGCUCAUUUAAAAGACUAUCAACUUAAACAUUGGUGUCGAUUACGUAAAAAAUUGUUUUACAAUAUAAGUGUACUUAAAUAUUUGAAAAAAUGUAAUUAAUUUGUACGUAUAUAAUUGAUAAAUAAGUAAUUUUGUAUAUUUAAAAACAAUUAUUUGAGGAAGUAAAAAAAAUUUAUUGACAAGAUAUUUAUAACAUUGAACAAGUUGAAAAUAGUAGAAAGAAAUAAUUAUAAAAAAUGCUAAUUAUACACACAUCCAUUUAAAUAAACAAUUAUAUUCAU